AUGGCGGACCCGGCGGUCACCUCAAAGAGUGACUCGUCUAUCGAGGCAGGGUCCAACGCAGGGCAAGAGCAACCUCUAGAGAAUCUAGAGAAGUCGAGAUGGGAGCGUAGCUGGCCGACGAUAGCUUGCGGCGCUGGCCUCUUCUCUGAUGGGUAUCUGAACAACGUUAUUGGCUCCGUCAACACCAUUCUCUCUACGAUCUAUCCAGAUUCAUACAACGAAUCUUCCGCCGUUAAAAAUGUUCCAUCGAUUGCUUUCGCUGGUACGGUUGUUGGCCAGCUCCUGUUCGGCUAUAUAAGCGACCACUAUUCCCGCAAAUGGUCGCUGAUGGCCUCGACUAUCAUCCUGAUCAUUUUCGCCGCGUUAUGCGCUGGUGCUUAUGGUGCAGGAGGCAGCCAGACAGGCCUAUUUGCAGCCCUGACAGCUUACCGUUUCUUUCUCGGGAUCGGUAUAGGCGGAGAAUAUCCUGCCGGCAGCGUCGCAGCUGCUGAAAGCACAGGAGGGCUGAAACAUGGCCACCGCAACCGUUGGUUCAUCAUGUUUACGAAUUUCCAGAUUGACUUUGGAUUUGUUGUUUCUGCUCUGGUGCCUAUGAUCUUGGUCUUGAUCUUUACUGAGAAUCAUCUACGGGCUGCGUGGAGAGUGAUGUUGGGCCUCGGAGUGAUUCCCCCGUUAACUCUCCUUUGGCUACGGCUAAAGCUGAAUGAGCCUGAAGAGUUCAACAGGGAACGUAUGCAUAAGUAUCCCGUAUGGCUUAUUGUCAAAUUCUACUGGAAACGACUGUCGAUUGUCUCCCUCAUCUGGUUUAUUUAUGACUUCUCUGCAUACUCCUUCGGCAUCUACUCGUCCGUCUGGCUGAAAAUCGUCUUGGGCUCAUCGGCUCCUCUAUGGAAGACCUUUGGAUGGAACACUGUUCUCAACCUCUUCUACAUUCCUGGUUCAUUUGCUGGUGCCUGGGUAAGUGAUUGGAUAGGACCAAGACACGCCCUCGCUCUAGGAGUCGGGCUUCAGGGUAUCUUGGGCUUUAUCAUGGCUGGCUGUUAUAAGUACCUCGCUACUCCGCAAAACGUUGCUGGCUUCGUGGUGGUAUAUGGAAUAUUUUUGUCGUUGGGUGAGCUUGGGCCGGGAGACAACAUUGGUCUGGUUGCAUCUAAAACUAGCGCGACUGCUAUCAGAGGGCAGUACUAUGGUAUUGCUGCAGCUAUGGGCAAAAUUGGAGCCUUCGUAGGAACAUACGUCUUUCCCAUCAUCAAAGACAAUGCACCAAAUCCGAUACGAGCUGGACAGGAUCCAUUUUUUGUGUCCAGUGCUCUAUGCUUGUUCAGUGCAGCAUUGGCCGUGUUUUUGUUGCCGCAUAUUGGACAGGAUACGAUCACCUAUGAAGAUAUGCGGUUCAGACAGUAUCUCCAAGAGAACGGGUAUGACACCAGCACGAUGGGAAAUCAAGCGGCAGCCCCGGUGAGCCAUAGUCAAGAGAAGAACUGA